CUCGAGCCGAACAUCCCCCUGUCUGAAGCUGUUCGUGUGCGCCGCGCGGACCCAGAGCUGCGUGCCGUGCUCCGCAGGGCGACCAUGAACCCCAUGCUGCAGCUGCACGGGGCCAAGCAGGUCAGCCUGUACCCUCCCGGGCUGCGGGACCUCGUCACGGACAUCUCCAGAGAAGUCCUGCGUCAUCAACCGAUGAACUUGUGCUCUUUCAUCUCCAACUACUUGGGCACCCAGCUCAAGGUCAGAGAGAGUGCUAAGGAGGCCUUGGCUGCGUACAAGAUGAUCGAGGAGAGAGCCCUCCUCAUCGUCCACCUGAGGAAGAUGGGCCUCGGCCUGGAGGAGGCGAUGGAGGCGGCCACCAGCAUCCAGGCCGCUUACAGAGGUUAUGCAUCUCGAAGAUAUAUCUCCAAUAAAAUUAGAAAAGAACUUCUGAAAGCAUUAAAUUUAGAUGAAGAUAUUGCUGACCAGAUGGCAACCAAGAUUCAGUCUGCUUACAGAGGAUACGUUUCCCGGAAACAUUUCGCCACGCAAAUCAAGCACGACUUAAGGCACUUAUUUGGCAUAGACGAAGAAACUGCUCACAGGAUGGCAACCAGGAUUCAGGCUGCUUACAGAGGAUACGUUACUCGGAAAUCUAAUAUGGAUGAAGCUAUCGCUGAACAGAUGGCAACCAGGAUUCAGACUGCUUUCAGAGAGUACCUCUCUCGAAAAUAUUUCUCCAUGCAGUGCAGGCACGACCUAAUAAAGUUCUUUGGUAUAGACGAAGCUACUGCUGAUGUAAUGGCCACCAGGAUUCAGGUGGCAUAUCGUAUUUACGCAGAGAAGAAGCGGUUGCUGAGAGGCGAAAUACCACUGGAAACUGGCGAUUUAACUCCGCCUCCCUGAUUUCAGUUCAAACCAUGAUCAAAAUUUGUUGAACUGUGUAAGUUUCAUUGACAUGUGCAAGCAUUGGUACAAACAAGAAAACAAGAACUUGUUUUACUUAUAUUUACCUAUAAUUUAUGUCUCGUAAUGUUAGCAGAAUAAAAUUUGAAGAUGUUUAAAA